UUUGGGUUUAGGGUUUUACUUGCAACUGCAUUGCUUCUUUCCAGCAAAAUAGUGAAUUAUUUUAAGUUCUUGAAUGGUUGUUGGAUAAGGAUUUUUGAAUAGUCAAAAUAACGUAUGUUAUAUUUCAUCUCCUUGCUGGGGUAAAAAGUGCUAUUGAAAGAUAAUACGUGUUGCUGCCUUAUGAUUUCUCUUUCAUGCAGAAUGGAUGAAUUUGCAUUAAUAGGGAGUUCGUCAGAAGGCAAUUCAAAGAGUGUGAAUUUACAUGAUGCUCGAAGUGCAGCAUUAAAGAAAAUUCAUGAUUUUGUCCGUACAUUUUCUGAUCGACAUACAUUUUCUACUACUUCUGCAUCAUCUGCUCCAGCGGCAUUGGCACUAGUGACAGAAAGAGCUCGCAUCCAAGAAGCAGGCCAUUUAAGAUGCAGUGGAGCUGAAAUUGGAAGAUUUAUUAACAUGCUAAAAAAUCCCUGUACGACACUCAAGGCAUGUGCUGCAUUUGCUCUUCUACAGUUCACCAUUCCUGGUGGGCGACACGCUACACACCAUGCAGGCCUCAUGCAAACUAUUGGAGCUGCACGUUCUCUUCGUACUGCUGCUGCAUCAGCAACUGCUCCAUUUGAAGUCAAAACCUUUUCUCGCAUUGUGCUGCGAAACCUUGAGCACCACCUCAAGGAACCUUCAAUAUAGAAGAUACUUGUUGAAACAACCAUUCCAUUCUGGAGUCCUUGGUGAAGGCUGAUCACGUAUGAAGCUGUGGAGCUUCCUUGUCCAGACCAGCGGAAUAAUGAGUCAUAAACGACGUAUUUUUCCUGCUAUACUUUGUAAAAGAAUCAAACUACAUGACCGAGCAACUCUGCAUAGUUUUUUUUUUUUUUUUUUACCCUCUAAAUGUUAGGCAUUUGGAAGAGUAGUCUAGUAAGAUUUGAGAGUAGUUUUAUGCCCUUUUUGUAUUAAAGGUAUUUCCAUUCCAACUGCGACGGAGGUGGUUUUUUUGUUUAUUUAUUGGAUUAAUUUGGAAUUGAUGGCUUCUUCGUAA